CAAAUCGUUUGCAAGGCUGCUGACGUUUAAGGGAGCACCGAAAAGCCUUUAUAAGGUGGAUACAUUUGGGGGAAGAGCCACAGAACGCCUUUGGGUGUCGCAAAGGAGCACAAGUGCGGAUUAACUGAGUAACAUGAAGACUAUUUGGGUUUUAGCCAUCCUGUCGCUGGCACAAGCCGCCGAGUUAGCCCAGACUACGGAAACCGCAACCACAGCCACAACGGGGAAACCCCAGCAAACGGAGCUCCCCAUUCACAUCCAGAACCUGAUAACCAGCCACAUCAAUCAUGUGCUGCAGCACAUAAAGAACAAACCUCAGCUCUCGAACACAUUGAGUGGACCGGUGGAUUGGCAUGGGAGUGGGAGUGGGAGUGGCAGUGGGAGUGGGGACGGAGCGCCAGUGGUCAAGCCCCAUCCAGAUCUCCUUCCACCAGUGGCACACUCUGGUCAUGUCCUUGCCCCUACCCUUGCCGACGUCCCAGCGGCUGCACCUGCGUUGCAAUCUGGCCUACAGUCGCUGCAAGCUGGCCAUCCACCGGUGAAGGUGACCCAACAUCAGGCAACCGGUACACUGAUCCACCACGGAAGACCGGUGGUGCACAAUAAGGUGGUGAUGCCGCCCGUGGAGCAUGUGGUGCACUCGCUUCCUGGUCAAGAACCAAUCAACGUGGCCGAAAAGCUGCAAAAACUGCAACAGCAUGUGGCCCAGGUGAUGCAACAGGCCGAGAAACACAUUCCUCUGGCCGUCAACCAGGCCAUUAAGCAGAAGAGAGAACAAGAAGCUCAGAGAGCAAAGGAGCAGCUACAGAAGGAUAAUGAAAUCAACAAGGGUGAGGAUCGGGAGGAUCCUGAACCAUCCGAAACAGCACCCCAACCAAAUGCAUCCAAGGCUGGUCGGUCCCUGGUUAUUCCCGAUAAAGUGUCCAAUACUGUCAACCAAGUUCACGCCCACAUUCCGCAGCUAAUUGCCCAGCAUCGCGAGGAAAUGAAACUGGGAAAAUGCAGUUUCCAGUGUCCCAAAGCAUCUCUAUCCAUUUGCGCCAGCAACGGCAAAUGUGUGGUCAAUUUUCCAGGCCAAUGUGAGCUGAGUCAGUGGAACUGCUUCAACACCAAGAAUGUCUUCCACCAAGUGCACGAUGCCGAAUGCCAAAACACCAUAACGUGCUAUAAAAGGGACAUGAUGUAAGCUGUUCCUCUGGGAGGUGAUUCAAUUAUUCAAACGAAUUUACACAAUAUUCCAUCGAAAAUAUAUAUAACUUUUAAUAUAAUGCAAGACUUAUAAUGGCUUCAAAAUAUAAAGUAGAUAUU